AGGAGCGACGUCAGUGUUUGCUGCUGCUGCUCUGGGGAAGAUGGCGGAGGCUGCGGCUGUUCCCCCGCAUCGGUUUUUCUGUCACUGUUGUAAGGGGGAAGUAAACCCCAAACUCCCGGAAUACAUUUGUCCGAGAUGUGACUCGGGUUUCAUAGAGGAAGUCACCGAGGAUUCCAGUCUCCUCGAGGGCGGUGCAAACGGGAUGGAUGACACAGCCACACAGUUCGCAGAGCUCUGGCACCUUUUGUUACUGGAGCGGCCGUUUACAGCAGACAGAGACAGUCCCGACUCAGAACCUCGGCUCCCAGGAGGACGCCUGGGGGGGGUCAGCGACCUCGGCAUGCUGGGAGGCGGAUCGGUCGGGGGAUCGGUCCCCGCAGGUCUAGGAGGAUCCGUGGGGGGUCUGCUCGGAGCCGGGGACCACUGGGGACCCGGGCGUCCGCCUCGUCUACACAGCCAAAGGAGAUACAGGUCCAGAGGCAGCAGUCGGCCGGAUCGCUCACCCGCCGUGGAGGGGAUCGUACAACAGUUUCUCGCCGGUCUCUUUGCCAACUCUGGAGUUCCUGGCUCACCACCUCUGUCAUGGACAGGGAUGCUUCACUCCAACCCAGGAGAUUAUGCGUGGGGGCAGGGAGGCUUAGAUGCUGUCAUAACUCAGUUACUCGGUCAGCUGGAGAACACCGGCCCUCCUCCAGCAGAGAAAGAGAAGAUCUCUUCUCUGCCAACAGUCACCAUAACUCAGGAACAAGCAG